ACAACCAACAGAGAAAAUUAUUCUGCCAAACAGACAGCACCAAAGGCAAAAAUCAAAGGGCACCAUGACGAAGAAGGUGGCCGUGAUUGGAGCGGGGGUCAGUGGCCUGAUCUCUCUGAAGUGCUGUGUGGAUGAGGGCCUGGAGCCCACUUGCUUUGAAAGAACUGAAGAUAUUGGAGGGCUGUGGAGGUUCAAAGAAAAUGUUGAAGAUGGCCGAGCAAGUAUCUAUCAAUCUGUCAUUACUAAUACCAGCAAAGAGAUGUCCUGUUUCAGUGAUUUCCCAAUGCCUGAAGAUUUUCCAAACUUCCUACAUAAUUCUAAGCUCCUGGAAUAUUUCAGGAUUUUUGCCAAAAAGUUUGAUCUUCUAAAGUACAUUCAAUUCCAGACAACGGUGCUAAGUGUGAAAAAAUGCCCAGAUUUUGUAUCGUCUGGCCAAUGGGAGGUUAUCACCGAGAGCAGUGGCAAGGAACAGAGAGCCAUCUUUGAUGCGGUUAUGGUUUGCAGUGGACACCACAUCCUCCCUCAUAUCCCAUUGGAGUCAUUUCCAGGUAUUGAGAGAUUCAAAGGCCAGUACUUUCAUAGUCGUCAAUACAAGCAUCCAGAAGGAUUUGAAGGGAAACACAUCCUGGUGAUUGGAAUAGGAAACUCGGCCUCAGAUAUUUCCGUCGAGCUGAGUAAGAAGGCAGCUCAGGUGUUUAUCAGCACCAAACAGGGUUCCUGGGUCAUGAGUCGUAUCUCAGAAGAUGGCUACCCCUGGGACAUGAUAUUUCACACCCGUUUUAGCUCCAUGCUCCGAAAUGUCCUGCCACGAGCAGUUCUGAAAUGGAUGAUGGAACAACAGAUGAAUCGGUGGUUCAGCCAUGAAAAUUAUGGUCUUGAGCCCCAAAAUAAGUACCUUAUGAAAGAGCCUAUACUAAAUGAUGAUCUUCCCAGUCGUCUACUCUAUGGAGCAAUCAAGGUGAAACCAAGAGUGAAAGAGCUCACAGAAACGUCUGCCAUCUUUGAGGAUGGAACAGUAGAGAAGGGCAUUGAUGUCAUUGUCUUUGCAACAGGAUAUACAUUCUCCUUUCCCUUCCUUGAAGAUUCACUUGUGAAAGUAGAGAAUAAUAUGGUUUCACUGUACAAAUACAUGUUCCCUCCUCAACUGGAAAAGUCAACCCUUGCAUGCAUUGGCCUCAUCCAACCCCUAGGUUCCAUUUUUCCAACUGUGGAACUUCAAGCUCGUUGGGCAACAAGAGUUUUUAAAGGCUUGUGCACACUGCCCUCAGAGAAUACCAUGAUGUCGGACAUUAUCAAGAGGAAUGAAAAGAGAAUUGAACUGUUUGGAGAGAGUCAGAGCCAAAUAUUGCAGACCAAUUACAUUGACUACUUGGACGAGCUAGCCAUGGAGAUAGGUGCGAAACCAGACCUCCUAGCACUCUUCUUACAAGAUCCAAAACUGGCUGUGAAACUCUAUUUCGGACCCUGCAACUCCUAUCAGUACCGCCUGGUUGGGCCUGGGCAAUGGGAAGGAGCCAAGAGUGCCAUCCUCACUCAGAAACAAAGGAUACUGAAGCCUUUAAAGACAAGGUCUCUGAAAGCUCCAUCAAAUUCCCCAGUUUCAUUCCUGUUGAAAAUCUUGGGGCUGUUUGCUGUGGUUGUGGCUUUUUUUUUUCAACUUCAGUGGUUCUAAUUUAUUAACAUAAAGCUUUUAUUGUUAUUCCAGUAUGUCUUAAAGAAAAAAACUAAAAGAAUAAAGCUGAGAAAAUGGCCAUAUUUCUUCUAUGUUGAGAGAAACCCUGUUAUAAAAAUAUAAAUGAGUAGGUCAUAAUAGUUCUCUCUAUAUUUGCCAUUUAUCAUUGUGUUAUAUGCGCAUUAUAUCUACUAUUUCCUUUAAUUCUCACAAUUCAGCAAGAUGGUUACAGUUAUCACACACAUUUUUAGAUGAUGAAACAGAGACUCAGAACAGUUGGGUAACAUGUCCAAGACCACACAGCUAGUCCUGGGAUUGGAACCAGGUUAAUUUGAGUGUAGAACUGAAAAUAACCUCAACCCCAAAACAUACUAACUCAUAAAAAUCUGUGUUGUUGAUAAAGAAAUUGCUAACAAUUAUUUUAUCUUUAAUCAUAUUUAUGUUACUUUGUGGGGAGCUUUCCAUUAAAAAAAAUCUCUUAUAACAAAUAUGAUCUGGUUGAUUAUAUUAUAAUUCUCGAUUUAUAUUUCAGCUAGAUCAAAAAAAUUGCAUUUGAAAGAGUUUCCAAUGAAAAAAAGCCUUUUUUUCUUUUUUAGAAUAAAUUUCAGAUAAUCAUUGAGGGUCUGAAAAAUAAGCAUUGAGGAAGAAAAUUCUAUCUGCCAGGUAGAUGGAGACCAUAGUAAUAAUUGAGUCUUAUAUCUAGUGUGACCUUAUUGUUAAACAAUAUGUAGUCUUUGUCAUCUGACUAAAGGAAGAAUAUCAUUUUGUUAGAAGAAACAAACAUUUUCUUGGAACUGAAGUCUAAAAAAGUCCCAAACAGUCCAAUGUCAAUAGACAUUAAGCAACAUGAUAGAUAAACAAAAGGCUGUAAAACAUUCAUUCUUUGCACUAACUGAACUGGAGGAGAUAAACUUUUCCAGGAGUCCAGACCAAAGUCAUCCAAGAGAGGAGAAAGGUCAUAAGUAAAACAUUUAGGUAAAAUUUUCCUUUCAUUCCUCCAGAAUCUUCAUAGACAUUGUUCUUCAUUGUAGCCUGGAUUUCUCUCUCAAAGGCCUAGAACAAUGUGAUAGCAAUCUGUCAGAGUUUAUUGAAAUGACACCAGAUUUAAAUGCAAGAUUUUAUUUUUAUUUUCAUUGCUCCUAUAAGAUGCUUGAGCACAGAGAAGGAGGGGGGAGAGAUUACAAGUGGUGUAUAUACUUAGUUCCUAAUUUAAAGACAUUACUAAAUAGUCAAUUAUUUGAAAGACAUUAUAUUAAUAAUAAUAAUAGAAUUUAUGAAGCCUUUACAGCAAGAGUAUGCAAAUCUACUGCCGGAGUGUCAAAUCCAGUAUACUAUCUCUUUCAGCAAA